ACCUCAUCAGAACAUUUACUUCGGAUACCUGCUGGAAAAACUUCGAUCAAAAUGUCACCUGCAGGAUCUAUCAGCAGUAUCGAUACUUUAUAAAAACUCUGAUCUACUGUAUCAAAAGUGCAACAUUUUCAUUAAAAAAGACAGUGCACAAAUAGAAAAUACGUAUGAAUUAUGUUUAUACCAUUGACCCGUUUGGGGGACUGUGAGACACCAGUAAUUAUUGUGAAAUUAGCAAAAAAUGGAAAGUUCGUUUUUCAUGUUAAAGUUAAAUCCCGUUGAGUUCGACGGAGGCGCCAAGAACGUGCAGAAGUCGCCAAAUUGAUAUUGGCUACAGGAAUUAGGACAAGCCCUGCAUGAAUUCAUGAAAUGGUGGUGUACUACUUGGCUAACCUUUGAUCGAGAAGCUGAAUCCCAUUAAAGGACAAGAUUCGCCAAAGGAUUUUAAUUUAUUGGAUGAAUAUUAAAACUUUAGCGAUUCAAAGUGUUAUUUUUGUUAAAUAUCCAAACAUUUUAAAACAGUUUUGUGUUUUUGUUUUUAUAUCAUCAGGAAUAAAAGUGUUUGUAUUUGACAUCGAUUGAAAUCGUGUGCACGACCACCGGUUAGGUUAUUAGAACCGAAGUCCGUUGAUACGAAAUGUGACUUUAGAGAAAGGAGAUUUAGCUGAGCUAUUAAUGCCAUCAUUUUAAGCAAUAAUCAUUGGAUUGAUUUAAUAAGUUGAUUGAGUUAUACCAUCGCUUGGCUUGUUAUCAACCAAAUAAUUCAUAGGCUUCGUUAAACACAUGAUGCACCCAUAUUCUGGCAAUCAUUAGCCAUGCCAAUUAAAGGUCUCCAUCAGUGACCAGAGAUCAUUCGUGUUUGUAGUUGUUUGAAUGUUGAUUGAAUUCAUCAAAGCAGUGGACUAAUGCAGACAUUACACAUAAUUUGCGUCGACAGUCAGGAAAUCGACUAUAAAAAUAGUUGUUUGCUUUAAAGGAAGUCGUCCGAUGGCACUUGUAGACCAGCUGCCACUCUCUUGUUUUUAGGUCAACAGGAUUGACCAGAUGACUGAUGAUCUGAUUAUGUGAUAUAUAAUACUUUUGAUAAUUCAUACAAUUUUAUGUGGGAAGUUAUAUACUAUCGAAGUAUGAAACAUAGGUCUACCUAAUAUCUAAAGUCGAUAGAACUUUAUUCGUGGAACAUCUUUUUUUUUCUUCGAGAGUACAUGUUUCAAUCCAUUGGCAACUACAGCGAUCGGAUCUUCCCUUCACUGUGUUCAAACAUUGCUUAGAAAACAUCGAAUGAUUCAGGACCAUCCUCUUUACAAAUGACAGCUUAAUAAAUAAAGGUAAUUUUGUCGCUUUCGCUAUUCUAUUGCAUCUUUUCUUCAGAAUGGCAGGGUAUUCAUCAAACUCGACUGAAAUUAUGUGCCCUCCAGAUGCCAUCGCAAAUCUUACUUAUAAAAACGAUGUUGCAGAAUCCCUUGGAUACUCAAGAUCGGAGUUGAUCUAUACCGCCGUUUUUCUGCCCGUUUUAAGUUUCAUCGGCAUCGUCUCCAACAGCGCAUUCUUAUUCGUCGUUCACCGUGUUCCGACAAUGAAAACGAUCACAAACGUCUAUCUCGUCAACGUCUCCAUCGCCGAUAUCCUCUUUCUUGCGACUAUUGUGACGUACAAGGUUAUUAAGCUUGCGACGUCAGUGGUGGUCAAUGAUGUCUCCGGGCUCGGUGCAGCGCUUUCCAUCAUUCUCUUUACAACUGCUAACGUCAUGCGAUUCUCUUCGCUUGGUUUUAUAUCCGCGGUUACGUGGGAACGUUUCUGCGCCGUGUGCCGACCUCAUUCUCGACGUUCGACGAGCACCUACGCGAUCAUUAUCUCGAUAACCAUCUGGACGAUAGCAUCCGUGCUGUCGGCAACGAUCAUCCCGGCAUACGGGAAGUACAUAACAAUCUGCAUGGUGUGGCCAAAGGGGGAACAGUUUGCAGAUUGGCCAAGUGAGAUCAUUGUCGUCGGUCAGGUUGCGCCUUGGGCUGGAAUGUACAGCAAUGUCGUCCAGACAUUUCCAUUCUUCAUCACCUUCGUUGUCAACAUCUACUUCUACGUCCGCAUCAUCCGUGGACUCGACGCUACCUUGAUGUCCCGUACUUGGGACGGACGGAGGAGCGAAUCGGACGCGGCACUCCGCGGGCAAACCGUCCGCAUGCUGGUUGUAAAUGGAGUCGCGUACUUCCUCUGCCUCGCGCUCUUCCAGUUCAUAUCCCUCUACAAAACCCUUCUCAUUCUCACAAAGAUUCAACCUGUCCUGACCCCAAGACAAGGGAAGAUCCUCCUUGAUGUCGCUCGCACCCUGGAGUACAUGAACUCGGUGAUCAACCCCGUGAUCUAUACGGUGAUGAGCAGGCGUUACAAAGAAGCCUUCAAGACUGCAUUCAGUAAGAAGAAACAUCCGACCAAGGCAUCUAGGUCCAGGACUUUGAGUAGUUCAACUCCUGUCACUACUACGCAUUUUCUUAGCAGAAAUCGGGAUACUUCGCUAUGAUGGAGUUUACAUUUGAAACCUGACAGUCUUUGGCUUUUCCUCGAGAAAUAUGUUCUGAUUUACAAUCGGAAUGGAAUUAUAACAGAAUUAUGAUGAAAAGUUCCAGAAAGGUGCAACCAAGUAAAUAUAACAUUAAUCUGUAAACUUGCAAAUAGGAAGGGAAAUGGCAUUUGUAGGCAUAUUUGAUAGAACAUAAGCGGUAGAUUUUUGUAACCUAAACACAAAAUGGUACAUAGUAAGUUAUCAGAAAACGCGACAAAUAGUUGUUUGAAAUCUUCUAAGUUUAUUUACUAUUGAAAUUAUUAGUCCAAUUGAGCAUUAGUACAAAUAAUCAUGACUGAUAUAUAGGCACAAGUAAAAGUUAUCUAAAAUAAUCUAGGUUAACAUUUUCAACAAUUUUUUUUAAAGAAUGUCAACGAUCACUACGCAAAAGUAAAACCACAAUGAAGGUAAAUCAAAUUAAAAUGGCAAAGUCACUCUUGGGAAACUGACUCGCAACAAUGUAUUACGUUAUUUAAUACCAAUGACAAACCAUCGUGAGUGUGACCGUAGCAUUCCAUUUUAAUGAAAAAAAUAUGACUUUAAAUAAUCCAUGACACCCUUCUCUCCCCCUCUCUCCUCUCCAUUUUCUCUUCUUUCUCUCUCCUCCUCUCUCUAAUGCUCUCUAUCAUUCUCUUGGGAUGAUUGUAUUGAUAUGAGAAGAAAUUCAAUAAAAUAACCAAGGUCAAAUUCUUGAUUAAAAUGAGUCAUUUUUAAAUUAUUUUUUGGUUUAGUGCAAUAUUUGACAUCAUUCAACUUAUCAUUACACAUUUCUCCUUAUGCAAUAGUAAUGUUUCUUGAUAUGGAGACAUGGGCAGGGAGGUGCAAGGCAGGUGACCUAAACAUGCUAGAAAGGUGACGUCAUUUAUUUUCUUUCUAUCACCUCUCUUCUAAUACUCUUCUCUCUUUUUUAAUAUCUUUGUUCAAUUCCCCGAUAUUUUGCCUUUUUUCACUUUAGCAUUUAGAAAAAAAUUAAACAUACACAGUAAAAACGAAUUAAAAUUAUCAAAAGAGGGACGGUGACGUCAUGUUAACCAGACAAUAUCUGUGAAUCUGGCAUUUCUCGCAUGAAACGCCUUUAAAUUAAUUCAUUCUGAUAAGAAGGUGACACAAUAAUUAAUCAAUAUGCAGUGAAGUCUUACUAGAGAUUAAUUAUCUGUCACUCAAUGUCAGCAAUGUGCCAAGAAAGCGACAGUCUUUAUUAAUUGCAAAGAUUUUCUGAUGCAUUUACCAUAACUUCUCCGCUUAUUCAUCGUUCCUCAAUAGCAUGGCUUUGUGCAUUUAUUUUGAGUGUAUUCAUCUCGCUUUCCAAAAGGUAAUCUAUUAAAAGAGUUGGCGCACUCUUGUGCUGUACACGAAUAUGCGUCCUGUAUUUAACACCGCUAAAUUGCCGAUUUUAAUAGUCUAAAUAGCUUUGUCUAUUGCCAUUUUUGGUGUCAUUCCAGAUGGUCUUAUCCCUUUUAUUGUUUAUAUUUUUGGCUUUUGGUAUAAUAACCGCCUCGUAUUUUCACCUUUUCAUCUUAUUCUCCUAUUUGUUCAAUGUAACACCACUUAUUGGUGUCAGAUAACCUCUUUUAUGAACCAAAUCUUUAUUCCACUAUAAGUACGACAAGUAGAAAAUGACAAGUUGACGAAGUUAAAAUUAGACCAACUAGUGUGUAGACUAACUUAGGCUAAGUGUUUAUAGUAAACCAAGUGUAAUAACCAAACACCAAUUAUACCAGACAAAAUGUGUUGAUUCCACAUGGUAUUGAACUAUCUAAGAAGAAGAUCAAUCAAUAUAAAGUGAAUAUGAAUCCCUGAAACACGGAUAGUGGGUGGAUGUUAAGAUUCAAUGUAUAUGCGCUUGAUAUUCCAAGAAUACCCCAAAAUGUAUGAUUUGAUGAUGUUUGCCAGCUAUGUGAUGGACAAUUCGUUUAAUUAAAGACAGAAAUGUGUAGACUU